AUGUUUUUCUUUGUUACGUCUGUAGUUUCGAUAUAUCAUGUUAACAAGACACUUGCUUACCCAGAUAAUUGCACGGAAUUCCAUGAACAGAAUCCCAAUGGCAAGUCCAAGAUUCUUAACUUAGUUAAAAAUCAAGUGCUUUGCCUUGAUGCAUCCUACAUAAUGGCUAGCAAGUCCAAAUUUAAUGUAUAUGCUGCAUUCCAGACUUACAAUACUUCAAAUAAUACAUGGUAUUGGGAUCGCAAAGAAAAGGUAGAAAAUCCACUUGUUAUUCUUGGAUCAUAUUACCAACCAGAUAAUGAGUAUCUUGACCCAGUAUCAAUGAUUGUUUGCGCUGACAAAACCUGUUCAAUUCAAAUUCUUGAAGUCGAUGCAACAUUCGACUACACAGUCAACCAAACAGAGGGUGGAGUAGCGAAUAUAUUCCGCCAUGUUCGUAAAUCCUACUUGUUCACAAAGAGUGAAGGCAGUAUUACAGCUAAUGUUCGCCUUACAAAGGUCAAAAACACAAAAUCAAUAGAAACUACAGUUGAGCAAUCUCGAGUAUUCUUUUCCUUCCCAACUCUCAGUAGAAUAAACUAUUCUCAUAGUGAGAAUUCUCGUUUCUACUAUUCUUAUGCCAAGAAGUGGGAUGAUGAAUAUACAAAUAAAACAAAUGGAACAAUCGCUGAUACAAAGACAUCUUUCAUGUAUGUAGAAGAGAAGGAUUCUUAUAAACCAACACCAGAUAAAAAUGGAAACUACGAUGAGGCUAUGACCUGCAAUUUCUCAUGGGCAAAGAGUGAAAACAAACCAAACAAGGCCUCGGAGCCGACAGAGUUCUUCUUCCCAGAAGUUUCUGGUCCAUUGCCAGAAGAUAACGGAAUUUAUUACGCAAAGGAUAUUAAAGAACCAUCGAAGGGGCUCUCAGGAUGGGCUAUUUUCACAAUAAUUAUCGUUGUUCUUGCUGUUAUUGGCAUUAUUGUCGGAAUCGUCUUCUGGUGGAGAAGGAAGAAUCAAAAGUACGAAACUAUUUAA